UUACAAAUUCAACACCUGGUCUUAUCUCACUUACUUCCUCUACAUUACCAUCUUUACCAACUCUUCAUUCUUUCAAACUUCUUUACAACCAACUUAAAUUUUAUGACAAUCAAUUACAAAUUGACUAUCAAGAAAUUUUAGCUUUCAUUCAUAUUAAUAAUCACUUAUUAGUGUCAACUACUCUUCCACCUCAACCCCAAUUAAAUAUACCCUCUUAUGAAGUUCAACUUAUUCAACAAACAGUAAAUUCACCUACCUACCAAAAUUAA